CAGACAGGUGGAGCGGCCGGGGCAGGAGUCUCAAAGAGGAGAGCUCUAGGAGAGAAAGGGCAGCGACCAACCGAGAGAGCGCCAGAGAGCGCCGGAGAGGAGAGGCUGGAGGUGAGCGCUCGCUCGCUCGCUCGCUCGGGAAGGCAGAGGACAGAGCCUGGGGAGAGUUCUUCGCCAGGAUGGAGGCUGUUGUGAACUUGUACCAUGAGAUGAUGAAGCAUGCAGAUCCCCGGAUGCAGGGCUACCCUCUGAUGGGGUCCCCCCUGCUGAUGACUUCCAUUCUCCUGACCUAUGUGUACUUUGUCCUCUCACUGGGGCCUCGCAUCAUGGCCAAUCGGAAGCCCUUCCAGCUACGUGGCUUCAUGAUUGUCUACAACUUCUCCCUGGUGGCACUCUCUCUAUACAUCGUCUAUGAGUUCCUGAUGUCUGGCUGGCUGAGCACUUAUACCUGGCGUUGUGACCCCGUGGACUACUCCAACAGCCCUGAGGCUCUCAGGAUGGUUCGAGUGGCCUGGCUCUUCCUCUUCUCUAAGUUCAUUGAGCUGAUAGACACGGUGAUCUUUAUCCUCCGGAAGAAAGACGGGCAGGUGACCUUCCUCCAUGUCUUCCAUCACUCAGUGCUCCCCUGGAGCUGGUGGUGGGGGGUAAAGGUGGCCCCAGGAGGGAUGGGCUCUUUCCACGCCAUGAUCAACUCCUCCGUGCAUGUGGUCAUGUACCUGUACUAUGGGUUGUCUGCCCUCGGCCCUGUGGCGCAGCCCUACCUCUGGUGGAAAAAGCAUAUGACGGCCAUUCAGCUGAUCCAGUUUGUCCUGGUCUCGCUGCACAUCUCCCAGUACUACUUCAUGCCCAGCUGCAACUACCAGUACCCAGUCAUCAUCCACCUCAUCUGGAUGUAUGGCACCAUCUUCUUUGUGCUCUUCUCCAAUUUUUGGUAUCAGUCUUACACCAAGGGCAAGCGGCUGCCCCGUGCACUACAGCAAAAUGGAGCUCCAGGUAUCGCCAAGGUCAAGGCCAACUGAGAAACAAGGCCUAGAUAGGCGCCCACCAAAGUGCCUCAGGACUGCACCUUGGGCAGCAUCGUCAGUGUCCUCCCCACCUACACCUGUGACCAGGGCUUCAGGGGUCAGGACUGAGCAGGGGACUGACUCUCCCCUCCCCACGGCUGGUCUACAGGGACCACUGCUUCCGUUCCUCACCCACUUCUCCAGGCCAGCUCCAGGAAUGUGGCCUCAUUGCCCUCUGCCACUCCAGAGCUGGGGGCUGAAAGGGCUGGACACUUACCUCCCCCUCCCUGCCUUAAACUUGGGAGAGGAGCACUCAGGGCUGGCCCUCACCAGGGUCUUGUGGCCUUUUUCCUCACACUGAAGAGGUCAGCAAUAAUCUGUCACUGUGGACCCAGGCUCCCUCGUCCACUCCACACUGAAGCAGGAGCUUCUGGGCCAAAGGUCAGGGUGAAUGGGGGCCUGGGAAUACAGCCUGUGGAGGCUGCUCACUCACUGCGUCAUAAUUAAAAGUGACAGAGGAAACCA